CCAUAAAUUCCAACGGUAUAUAUGGGCAAAGGCCAAAACCUCAAUCCCAUUCGUUUUUGAAUUCCCAAAACCCUCGUAAAACAAAAUGGAAAUGUUUUCCGUAUGGCGGACAGACACGCGGCCAGAAGUUAUGGAAUCCGAUCCUAAGCCGAAGCCGGCUAUGAUUUCUAAGCCUUCUGAUGGAGAUAACUCAAUCGCUGAGAGAGGCGGUGAAAUUGCUACGAAGCAACUGGAAGCGCCGUCGUCUACCAAGAAGAUUUGGCCGCGUCAGGCUGAUUGCAGCAGUUUUAGGGUGUAUUAUGACAAAUAUGCUGAGAUUGUGGUUGGAUCCGAGGGUUUCAUUGCGUAUCCGGAUGCAACUUCCACAAUAAUGGGUGGCAUCGGGCCAUGUGGAGUCAAUGAUAAAUACGCCAAAGAGGCUGCCAAGUAUGCCGUCGAAGAGCAUAACAAACAGACGAGGGAAAAUGUAACACUCAAGAACAUUGUCAAAGCUAAUUCUCAGUUUGCCAACGGUUUGGUGUUCUAUAUGACAUUGGAAACAUUGGUUGGAGAUCAGACAUCUUUUAAGGAAGCUGUAGUGCAUCAAUACGUGGAUGGUUCUCAGGAAUUGCAUAUUUUCAGGGAUGCUAUCUACUAUUAUAAAAUAAAAGAGUUAGAAUCAAACCUUGGGGGUAACGCUGAUUCAUCCACUAAAAGGAGUGCAGGAAGGCAUGUGAGGCUAGAUAAUAAAGAUCAUGGAGAAACCAGUGAGUCUGGGGACGAGUGGCUUCAUAAACUUCAUUCAUUUUGGUACAAACGGUUGACUGAUCCCUGGGUACAUAUAAGGAGGAGGGGACCUAGAAGGAAGUUUAAAAGGAUGCGCUCUAAUUUGUUGACUCAUCCCUGGAAACCUAUGAUAAUGAAACAGAAACUAGAUGCUGCAGAUAUUGAAGCUUUUUAUAGAUGUAAAUGUGUGAAAAAAAUAUAUGAUGAAAACAAAGGAUGGAUGUUUGGUUGUGUUGCUGAUGGUUGUACAGAACUUUUCCAUUGUUACCUCAGGAGGAAGUUGAGCAAAUGAAUUUUGUAUGCCUGUGUAUGGAGGUAUUCAUUUAUUGUCACCCCAUUACUUAAUAUGUAGUUGAACGCUUCAUUUAUUCCAUUCUCACGACAUGGAUAAUUAAUGUUCAA